CAACAACCAAAUACCGCAAAUAUAUUUUAAAAUUAAUAAUAAAUUAACCUUCUCAUCUCCUUCUCUCUCUCUCUCUGUCUCUCUCUCAAAAACUAUUCACCUUCCUCUUCGAGGCUACAUCUGCCAUCAAAAUUCUAUUAUAUUAAUGAUUUGGGGUUUCUCUCUAAAUUAACCUUGUCCUUCUUCGUUUUCCAAUUUGUUGUGGGUUCUUUCUCUCUCUCAAAUUCAAAUUCAAAUUCAACGGGGUUAAAUUAUUUGUUUUAAUUUUCAUUUGAAAACUGGUUUUGAAUUUGGAGUGGGUUUUGGGUUGGGUUUGGCUUGGGGGAGUGCGAGGGAGUAAUAAACUCUGAUCGCGUGUGUCGGCGCAAGGUCACUUUCAGUGGGCAUUUGCCUCUUCUCUUCUCUUCUCUUCUCUUCUCUUCUGUAUCCCCUCCCUACUACUACUACUACUACUACUACUACUAUUACUACUAAAAGUUACAACUACUACUACGAUGAUGACUAUGCUUUUGCUGAUGCAGAUGCACUCUCACCCUUUUCGUUUUCAAUCUCAAUUUUAAACUCUCUCUCUCUCUCUAUUCCCUUCUAACCAAACUACGCAACCCCAAUAGGACUUUCUUUCUCUCAUGAUUGAUUUGAUUCCUUCAAGUAGACCGCCCCUGUUCAUGUUAUUGGUUUUGUUUAAUUUGCCUAUUUAUUAUUGGCUUCUUCUCUUCUGAUCAUCGCUUCUGUCUGUAUGGGUUUCAUUGCUAUGCUCUGCUCUAUUCUAUUCUAUUCUAUUCUAUUCUAUGGAUUGACUUCACUCUCACAAUAAUAAUGUCUUCAUUUCUUCCUUUUUCACACUCCAACUGAAUUUUUAUUCCUUUCUUCUUUUUCUUUUGGGGGUUUCUAUUCUAUCGGAACUAUCAUAUCAUUCAAAUUGUGAAUUGGCAAAUCAAAUGAAGCUCCAGUUCUUAACCAUCUUGCUACCCAAUACAAAUACAGGUUCCAUGUGUAAUAAUUCAUAUCCAAAUACUACUUAAUUCUGUAGCUCAAGUGGCUCCCAAACCAAAUGUCAACGACUCUUGCAGCCAUACUGGGAGGUGCUGCAGGAGCCGUGGCAUUGGUAGGGAUUGUGAUUGUAGUUUUAUGGUUCUUCUUAUUUCGUAAUAGAAGUGUUUCAAGAACUUCCGAGACAGGUUCUUCUGAUCCAUCCAUUCAAGCUGUAGGAAGAAGGGAUGUGGUUGAGUUGUCCUUGCGAGAAGCAAGGCAUUUUGAGGUGGAAGAAUUGUCAUUGGCCACAAAAGAUUUUAGUGAUAAAAGCUUGAUUGGAGAAGGAAAAUUUGGGCCGGUAUAUAAAGGCAUGCUAAAUGAUGGGAUGCUUGUAGCCAUAAAAAAGCGAGCUGGUACACCUAGUCAGGAAUUUGUUGAAGAGGUACGAUAUCUCUCAUCCAUUCAUCAUCGGAAUCUUGUGACCCUUUUAGGAUACUGCCAGGAAAAUGAUCAACAGUUUCUGGUUUAUGAGUACAUACCUUAUGGAAGUAUUUCCAUUCACUUGUAUGGUCCCAGUCAGGACUCACAGGAGAAGCUAGAAUUCAAGAAUAGGCUUUCAAUAGCUCUUGGGGCUGCUAAAGGUUUGGCUCAUCUCCACUCCUUGAGUCCCCGUUUGGUACAUAAGGAUUUCAAGACAACAAACGUACUUGUAGAUGAAAAUUUUAUACCUAAGGUUGCUGAUGCGGGAGUUCGCAAUUUCCUUGGAAGAGUUGAGGUUGCAGGCCCAUCUUCUCUAGUGGCAGCCGAUGAGAUAUUCCUUGCCCCAGAGGUGAAAGAGUUCAGGCGAUUUUCUGAGAAAAGUGAUGUGUACAGUUUCGGGAUAUUCCUUCUGGAGUUAGUAAGCGGGCGUGAAGCAAUGGAUUUGCUAUCUUCAGAUUUUAACCAAAACCUAGUUGAAUGGGUGCAAAAUUAUCAGGAAUCCGGCAAGAUCUCUACUAUCAUAGAUCAAAGACUGGGAAAUAGCUUCACGGCAGAAGGCAUGGGAGAGUUCAUUAUGUUGAUGGUUCGUUGUGUUGACCCAUCUAGUGAAAGACGGCCUGCCAUGAGCGAUGUUGUAAUGGAAUUGGAUCGGAUACUGGAAAAAGAAAUGAGCUUGACAACAAUCAUGGGUGAAGGAACCUCAAUUCUCCUUGGAAGCUAUCUUUUUAGGCCAUCAAAGUAAACUCAAAACAAAAACAAAAAAAAGAAGAAAAAAAAAGAGAGAAAAAAGAAAGAAUCACCUGGCUUACCUUGAAAUAGUUGAGUGUGUUCUUUGUGAGAUACCUUCAUUUUCUUUUAUUUUUUGAGAGAGGAGGGGGGGCGGCAGACACCAGAGAAGAAGAUAUCCAGCUGUUUGACAAGUGUAUAAAGAGCAGCUGUAUUAUUUUUUCAUUUUUUCCCUGCAUAAAUGUAUGAGAAAUCUUCUUGUAAACCAUAUUAUUUGUUGUUAAUAUCACAGUGAAGGUUGAGAU